GUGGAGUUAUUAUGGUCAUUAUUCCAUUUGCACUGUUGAGUUUAGAGCCAAAAAAGCAGUAUUAAAACAGUAAAUCAGGUUAAGCAUACCUGGUGGCACAGUUGAUGGAUUUUGACAGCCUCUGCAGCUGUACUAUUUUCCCCCAGGCCACCACUCCCUCAGCUGCUGUUGUUUUCACUCCCAACCCUUUGCCUACCUCCUCCCCCACCGUUCCACCCCUUCCGCUUUCAUUCAACUGAUCUUUAGUUCUUCACGAGACCUGAGACAGCUUAUCUGCUUCGAGGACACAGCUGCGCUGGGGAUCGAAGACAGUUUUCAGGGUUCUUCAGACAGGUGAAGGGAGCGGGAUGUGGCCACCCACACUGACCCUGGAUCUGCUCCUGCUGGUCAGUUUGUUCCUUGGUGCCCAUGGUGAACAAAUGUCUUACAGACCUCAGAACUGCACGCUUGAAUGCAUCCGCCGGGGAGAUCCAAGAUGUGAAUACUGCAGAAUCUCAGCAGACGACGUACAGAUAUCUCCCAGCAUUCCCUUCUCCAGCCCUUUUGGAAAUACAAGCAUCUACAAUAUUGCAAGUAGUGUUGUAAAAAGCCAUGUGUUGUAUCACUCAGAUCCCUUCACGCAUCUGUCUUUGGAUAGCGAGUAUGCUGUGACUGUCAUGGCACUGCCCAUUCCUGAGCGGUGGGACCAGUUCUAUCAGAGGAAACAGUUUUUCACACGCACAUGUCCUGAAAAAAAUGGUCUCGAAGAGUGUAAGAAAGACUGGUAUCCCAGAUACGUUGAGGUCCACCAGGAGAACUGGGACGUUUAUGUGACCUUUAACCUUGCACCUGAGAACUUCAAAGUCCGUCAGUAUUUUUCAUCAUGUUUCGGAGGCGGCCUGCGGAAUUACACAAGCAUCAAACCAGAUUUCAGUCUCAAUAAGACACAUCACACAUACCGAUUGCAGAAUCUCCAAGUGGGUACGAACUACACCUGCGAGAUUGCUGCAGAUGUUGUGGAUGCAGUCAGGAAAACAUUCAUUGUUGUAGUAAAACAUAGUUCUGAAGUUACGCAGUACUAUGACAAAAAACUGGAUGAAGGACAGUGUGUUUUGCUGGACAGAGCCACCUGUCCCCCUCGCCUCCUGAUUUGCUACUCAAGUAAUGAUGGUCCUGCCCACGUCAGAGUCGUGCUUCAACUGGCUGCGUUUUUGCAAAAGCACAUGGGUACCCAAGUGCAUUUGGACUUGUGGGAGGCCUUGAGUAUUAUGGAGGAGGGCAGUAUGGGGUGGCAUUGCAGGAGAUUGAACGAGUGUGACUUUGUGUUGGUCAUCUGCUCACAAGGUCUCCUUCAGAAUCAGAAGCAGCAGUCUGAGGACGAGGAACCAUUAGAGAACACUGCUUUGGCAAUGAUUUCCAUGAUCGGAGAGGAGCUGUGCCGUGCCAAAGCGUUAGGUCGAGACCUCUCCAAAUACAUGGUGGCCACUUUUGAGUACUCACAAGAGUCUGAUAUCCCCGCGGCACUUGGUCUUGCUUCAAGAUACACCUUGACUAAAGACCUACCCUUGCUCUUCUCUCAUCUUCACGGAGUGGCUUUGCAGAAGCCCGGAGUUUACCUACAGGUGGAGAACAUUUCAGAAAGUGGGUACUGUAAACUCCCAGCUGGGGCUGCACUACAGCUGGCCAUCCAGGAGGCCACGGCACAGUUCUCUGAAGAGGAACAUGUAGGAAUUCCAGUCAUUUCAUAAGGACUGCAUCAAUUAAUUAAUUGACUCACUUCAUCAUUCUAACGAAACAAAGGGAAGAGUGUUAUUUGAGAACAGUCCCUUUACUGACGGAUUCCACCAGGACUUCCUUGGGAGCCACUAGUACUUAUCUAACGUUCCUGAUUUACAUCUUUUGAAUGUCAAUGGAGAAGAGUCUUGUAUGGAAAAGCACAUUCUAGUUGUAGCUCAGUGGCAUCUUGGGUGACUUUAGGUUAUUGUGAAAAACAUAUAAGAGGGAUGUUGAAGUAUAUUGACGUUAUCGAAUGCUGUGAACGAUUUUUUUCAUAUAAAUGUGUAUUUAUUUUGUCUUAUUUUUGUUCUGUUGCUUAUGUUCAUGCAUGUUAAACAUCAUGUUACAGUGAAUAUUCCUAGUAAUUGCAUGCACUUCCACUACAAAUUAUAGUCUUUCUUCUACAAAUUGAAAGAGGACACUUUCGAUGUAUUGCUGUGAAUGACUUUCAAUUCUGUAGUUUGCUGACCUGAAGUGUUCUUUUUUAAUUACAUUUAUUAUAUUGUAUGUAAGGUCAGUUUCUCACAAAUGUAUUGUUUUGCAACAAUCUGUAUUUGUAUAACAUGAAGGGGGGAAAAAAUACAUUUUAAUGUGACAAAAUACCUCAACAGCAACAACAGUGCAUUGUCCUACACUAUAAUAAUGCAAGGAAAUUCAGCCACAAUUAAAAACACACCCAUGUCUCAGUGAGUUUGCAGGGCGGUAACAUACCUGUGUAUAAGGUAAUGCAUUAAUCGUUACAUAAAAUGUUUAUGAAACUGUAUGAAUGCAUGAUGUUUUACAAAUAAACUUUCAU